AUGGAACAUCGAUACAAAGAAGUUCAUGGUUCCCACCUCGGUCACGUUCUUCUCAGGACCAAACAACCACAGGUUUUGUUGGUAGCCUCUCGAGGCGGCCUCGAGUUGCGGCUUGAUGCAUGGAGCAUAGUUGGCACCCAACUUAUUGUCACCAACACCACCAGGCCAAGCUCUGGUUGCGUAGUCGGUAGCCUCAAGCUUCACUGCUUUGAAUCCAGUCUUGUAGUAAGGUCCGACCGGCGAUGCAAUGACGAACAACAGAGCUCUGUCGGGAGAGCUAACACCAAGGCCAGCAGUGGUUCCGAUCAAGGUAGGUCUAAGAUAAAGAGAGUAACCUCUGGUGUCUGGGAUGAAGCCCUGGUCAACCUUUAA